AUAACAACAAUAAAAAAUGGCGGAGCUUUAACGAGACGGAACUUUCGGUUAUGUUUUACUCUGUCAUAAAUGAAUUCACGGUGAUCUCUGGUGGAGCAGCAUGGACCCGUCCGAUGCUGCGGUCCCCGCGCCGGAACAAAGCCCGAAACCCGAGCUCUCUGCCGCGAUGCGGGCUAAAAUCGAGAGAAACCGUCAGCGGGCGCUGAUGCUCCGGCAGGCGCGACUAGCGAGCCGGCCUUUGUCCGCAGUGGAGGGCGCAACUUCGGCCAAAGUUUCCAAGACCAUCGACUCCGGUGCUGGGUUCUUCAUCGAGGAGGAAGAGUACGGAGGGACCGAGCAAAAAGCCAAUAAGGUGGUUCAUCAGCCAGCCCCGGUGAUAGAACCAGAGUACCUGCUGUGUGACGACUGUCAGAAACCCUUCAUGGACUCAUUCCUCAGCAACAGCUUUGAUUUACCCGUCUGUGACAAAUGCAGAGACAACGAGGAGAAGCACAAGCUGAUCUCCAGGACGGAGGCCAAGCAGCGCUACCUGCUGAAGGACUGCGACCUGGACAAGCGAGAGCCUCCUCUCAGGUUCAUAUUGAGGAAGAACCCCCAUAACUCCUGCUGGGGGGACAUGAAGCUCUACCUCCAGCUGCAGGUAGUGAAAAGGUGUUUGGAGGUUUGGGGUUCAGAGGAGGCGCUGGAGGAGGCCAGAGAGACGAGGGAAGAAAACAAAGAGGUGCAGAAACAAAAGCGUUUCAAUAAGAAGGUCAAAGAGUUGCGCAGGGCCGUGAGGAGCAGCAUGUGGACCAAAAACACCAGCGUUCACCAACACGAGUAUGGACCAGAGGAGGUGGUGGACCCAGAGGAGGACCUUUAUAAGAAAACCUGCACCACCUGCGGUCAUGAACUUUCUUAUGAGAAGAUGUGAACUUAGACGCACACACACAUUUGUUUUUCUAUUCUCAUUAAUCCUCCCCUAGCACACACCUCACCUUAAACCCAAAAAUAGUUUUCCACCAGAUUAGGACCGGCCUUUGGUCCCCGUAAGAACUACUGGUCUUGACGAGGUAGGCGUGUAUACCAGAGACGGUUCUAAAAGAUAACAAAUACAAGUACACACACAAACACAGUGUGAUGAGGUGCAACUUAAUAUCUGGUGCAAACCCAAGUCCUGCCUUAUUUAUUUAUUUAUUUCUGUCAGGUUGUCAUUUUUGGCCUUAAGAGUUUAUUCAGAGCUUUUUACAGAAUCCACUUCUGCAGAGAGCUAAGCCUUCUGUCCUGUCUGCAUGAAGAUUUUACGACGGAGUAUUAGGGUCACACAUCGAGAUUUUUUUAUUAUUAUUACGAGAUUAAAGUCGUAAUUUUAUGAGAAUAAUGUCAUAAUGUUACGAGAAUAAA